GAACAUUCACACGUAUUUUUUUUUCUUUUUUCAUUCUUUUAUAUAUCAUGGAAAAGUUGGUUGUGAAUCAAGGUGUGAAAUUGACAAGUGUGGCUUUACCCUUACUUUUAGUGUCUCAACAUUAUACACGGAAAGGAACAUGGAUCUUUAAACCUUUGGCAUCAGUUGGAUUUCUUAUAUCAGCUCUAUCUCAUCGGUCGUCUUCUUCUUCAUUGUAUGGUACAUCGGUCAUGACUGGGCUUGUCUGUGGUGCGUUAGGAGAUGUGCUAUUGAUCCCCAAGGCUGGGUUUUUGGCUGGAUUGGGUAGUUUCUUAGUGGGUCAUGUAGCCUUAGUGUAUGCGUUCACAUUACAUCCUAUGAACAUUCGCCAUGGUGCUCGUGCGCUUGUUGCUACUACGGUUAUUGCCACCUUGGUUGGACGAUGGUUGUUUCCUCAUAUUCACGACAAAACCAUGCGCCGUGCUGUCUCGAUCUACAUGGCUAUCAUCAGUUGUAUGGUCAUCACCGCUUCUGCUAGCGUGGCCAAUGCUCCUCUUCCUCAGCAUCAAUUGGCUGGUGCUCUCAUGUUCUAUUUGUCCGAUUUAUUUGUGGCAAGAGAGGAAUUUGUCUCAAGAUCCAAAUGGAACCAAUGGAUUGGCCUCCCUUUGUACUAUGGUGCUCAACUCCUACUGGCUGGUACUUUGCAGCAUUGAUACCUUUUUUAGAAUGGUUC